ACAUUCUAAAGGCUCGACUCAGUGAAUUCCCCUAAGGUCGUGUGUGGUUUUCGUGCUUGUCUAUGAAUGGCCUUUUUGCUUUGCAUGUGUCCAAAUGGAUAGUAAACGUCGAGAAGCUUGUGAUGUUCAAAUGACAUUAGCUAAUAAAGGAUUUACAUUCUCGGCUGAAGAAAUACAGGAAAUCAUGGAAGUUCUUAGUGGAGUCUCUCUAAAACUUAUCAUAACUAAUGUUCCUCUUGAUGUUUUCAAAUAUUUGUUUCCUAGGUAUGCUUCGAGGACCUAUUUAGGUCUUUUGAUAGUCAGUCCAAAUUCGUAUACUUGCCGAGUUUCCAAAGAGUUCUAAUUUACAUGAACAGACCAGAAGCUGCGUUGUUGGCACGUUUGGAGACCCAAGGGUGGAUGCUUCCUGAACAUGUAUAUGCUAACAUACCAAACAGUUCAGUAAAUUCUAAUAGUGGUGGAAUUAAUUGUUAUAUUGGGAAUUUCGAAGAUAGUAACGACAAAAAUGAAAUUAAUCAAGAAGAGGAGUUCGAUUACUGCGAUAAUCCAGAAUGCACGGUUGAUUCUGAUGAGUACUUUGGUGAUGAUCGAACCGAAGAUUGUAAAGAGAAUACAGACUUUCAAUCGACUUCACUCGCUAACAAUAAACUGUUAAAUCAAGAUGUAGAAGAAAAUUCAGCAGAAUUUAUUGCAUCACUCGUAUCGCCUAUUGUUAAUAGUAGUCGCAAUUUUAGAAGCCAGAAGGAAAUGUCUCCAGAUAGGACUAUUCCUGAAUUCAUAAACAUAAGCAACACGUCUGAUGAAAAGAAUAUAGAUGUACCGUUUUUUUCAAACGAAGUUUGUAAACAUGGGAAAUAUAAGCGACGUAGUCUGGGUUGUUCAAUGAAACAUUUAGCUCCUCCAAAACCAUGUCGAUUAUUCUUACUUUCUCCGCCUGCUUCACCUCCUGUUGGGUGGGAACCAAAACCAGAAUGUGAGCCUGUUAUCAAUUACGAACUUUUACAUGCCUUAGCUUCAUUAGCACCAGGUGAGUCUAAUGUGUGCAUUUAUUCAAGUUACUUGGUGUAUGAAUAUUUUGAUAAGUUUUGGGCUAAUUUUAGUAACUAAGGUAUGUGCGAAUGAGACACUUUGUAAUUAUUGUAGCGUGGUCAUGAGAACUGUUAAAUUUAUAACUUAGAGUGCCCUUGCUUAUAUGACAAAUAGUUACUUUAGGGAGACAUCGAUAUUUCCAUAAAUAAAUUGUUGCAGACUAUCGAGGACUCCCCGUUCUCUUGUUAAACGGUCGAAAAUACUCCUAGAUAUCUUAUUUAGUUUCUAGCGUAGGAUGGGAGUGGGAAUAGGUAAAAUGACUAAAUAAUUUUGGGUUGUAACAUGCAGAUUUGCUAUAAAAUAUACUUGUAAAUAAAUAGUUUUCAGAUUAUUCUAAACAGAUUUUCACCAAGCAUCGUAUAUUUCCUGGUUCAACUUCUUGAAAAUAAAAAUAUAAAGCGUGACUGAUAACAUUUGUGCAUAAUUUAGUCUAAAAAUGUUAGACUGACUAACUUGUAGUGGUCGUUUGUGUGUGAAACUGUUCUUAAUUCAAGAAGAAUGUUGGUCACAACCAUAAAAUAUUUUCGACAAAAUCUACAUCAAAUUCUUUCAAGAGAUUGUAAGAUACUUUACUAAUGAUGAACUUGGUAGGAAAGUUUGGUUGAUCGCUAACUGUUUAGCUUACUUCAAGGGAUAUGGAAAGAGUGUCACAUUGGGCUAUUGAAAAGGAUCCUAAGAAGAUACAAUUAAAUUAUAAGUAUUCCUGUAUUGAUUUUUUUAGUCUUUUGUUAUUUCUGUCAUUAUUUAUGA